CAUAGUUAGGUUAGGUAGAUACACUACAUAAGUUAGGUUAGAUAGAUAGUUACAUAAGUUAGGUUAGGCAGGUAGUUACAUAAAUUAGGUUAGAUAGGUAGUUACAUAAGUUAGGUUAGAUAUGUAGCUUACAUAAAUUAGGUUAGAUAGAUAGGUUACAUAGUUAGGUUAGGUAGAUACAUUACAUAAGUUAGGUUAGAUAGGUAGUUACAUAAGUUAGGUUAGGCAGGUAGUUACAUAAAUUAGGUUAGAUAGGUAGUUACAUAAGUUAGGUUAGACAGGUAGCUUACAUAAAUUAGAUUAAAUAAGUAGAAUUAGAAUACACAGAACAAUAUUAACUUGGUACACAAAAUUUCAUAAGUACUCCAACAUUAUUUGUCGUGCCAUUCGGAAAAACAACCGGAGAAAUAUCCUCGAUACGCUACAAGCUGUCUUAUUCCUCGAAGCCGAGCAAAAAGUGGAUUCGUUUCAGUCAAUCACCAAACGAUUGAUUAUUCCGAGGACGCGGCCUUCGUCCAGAUCGAUGUACCAACGUUCUCCGUUUUUAAUUGCACUUCGUCCGUGUGUUUCUUUCCACGAUCCACGUUAAAUACGCUCGAGGUCGAUUCGCUCUCCUACUCUGUUAAUUGAGAAAUUAACUGAUUACACUUAAUUCGAGAUUCAUUCAUACAGCAUGUUGAUAUAAAUACGACGAGACAUGGAGAUAGUUUGAAUGACUUUGUACAUUCGUCGAAUGUACAGACAUGUUUACAAAUUUGAGUUUAAAUAAUUUGUCUACAUUUGUCUACUGUUUAAGACAUUUAUAAAAUAAUAUAUUUGAAAGAAUUAAUUAAUUUUUAUAGAGCAAUCGGUAUGAAAAUAUAUGAAGACAAGGUAACACGGACAAAUGUAUGCAGUCGAACUGUUAAUAAGCGACUUAAACCCCCCUUUCAAGAGGCAGCAUUCCUCCACGCAGUUUCAGAGAAAACUGCUUUUCAUUUUGACAAGAAAGUACGAUUUCAAGGAGAAUCAAACGAAAACAGUUGUUGCAAGGCUUUUCUUCUCGUAUGAUGGGAGAGCCUCGCAGUGCCUGAUUGGUCCCAUCGCCGGUGCACCUGACCUCGUCGGACGGCGGAUCCUUUGAGAGACGAGACUCGGUGAUGAGAAACGACAAGCAUAAUGUCAAUGUCACCACUUUACGUGUAGCACUUGUUACAGGGUGUGGUCCCCUCCUACGGGUCGACGACUCCCUACCAGAUUCACAUAUAUAAAAGGAGAAGCCUUGCUUCGACUUGGUACACAACAACCUUAGGGCGAGUACUGGUUAAUCAGCAGCGCUCUUUUGAACAUGAACACUUUAAUUCUUGCGGCACUCAGCACUCUAGCGCUGGCAGAGGCAGUUUACCUGCCGGUGGUGGCGUACAGUCAUCUGGGGUAUCCUCUGGCCUACGAUGGACGAGUUUUGGACACGCCAGAGGUGGCACAAGCGAAAGCGGCUCACCUUGCGACCCAGGCUUAUGAGGCUGCUAGAAACACCUUAGGUUACGUGCACGUGCCUGCCCUGGUCCGUGUUUACCCACCUGCAAUUACGGCGGGCGCACCCAUAGGUGCCGAUGGUCGGGUUGUUGAUACACCUGAGGUUGCGGAAGCGAAGGCUGCUCAUCUCACAGCUCACGCUCUGGAGGCAGCCAAAAACGCCGGCCUCUACCCGUACGGUGCUCUCUCCUACAAUUCGGCACCCUAUGCUUAUGGGUUCGGAUACGGCGCUCCCAUUGGUCCUGAUGGUCGAGUGGUAGACACGCCAGAAGUUGCACAAGCGAAGGCAGCGCAUUUCGCAGCACAUGCUCAAGCCGCAAGAAAUGCGCAGAAAAUUUGAUUAAUGUCACUUGAGAUCAAUAGAUUAAAUGAUUGAUCAAGUUGUGAUAACUUGAUGAUUUGUAUACAUU